UCUCUAGGGCAGAGAGGAUGGGUGACGUCUUUGAUAAUGUGAAAAAAAGUUCUGCAGAGUCAUGAUGGUUUAUAGAAGUUACUUAUUCAUGCCCUAGAUACAUAUAAUAUAAACAAGGAGAGGUGUGCUAGAAAAACAGACCCAUAUAUCAUAUAGGAAAAUUAUAGUAUAACAGAGAGAGAGGGGACCAACAUGGUGAAAUCUAGAGGAGGGAGAGGGGGGGGGGAGUGAGUGAGUUGAACUUGAGAAUAUAUAACUAGGUAACAAGGUGUAGAUCAGAUAUAAGAGUGUGAUUCUGGACUGGUAUGUCUAAUCUACAAAUCUACAGAAAAAAGUACAAAGACUGUGGGGAAAACAGUAAGGAAAAAGAACGAAAGGGGACCAGGUAGAGAUAAGACUAAGAAACUGACAGAAGUUGCCAAAAAGAACAUCAAUCAUCGAAAUUCAACAUGGAAUUCAACAUGGAAAAUACAGAACUCCCUACUCGACCACUGCUGUUUGACUUCCACGGGGUCUCCAUGACCCACUAUUUUACUGAUAACUGGGAGAAAAUUCAGAACUUCCAGGCCAGGCCAGAUGAUAUCCUCAUUGCCACUUAUCCUAAAGCAGGUACCACAUGGAUCUCCUACAUCCUGGACCUUCUAUAUUUUGGUCAGUCAGCUCCAGAGCGCCAGACCUCACUGCCCAUCUUUAUGAGAGUGCCUUUCCUGGAAAGUGACUUCCGUGUUCUCCCUCCAGGAACAGAGGUAGCAGACAAGUUACCCACCUCUCCUCGCCUCAUCAAGACUCACCUCCCUGUCCAGUUGGUGCCCAAGUCCUUCUGGGAGCAGAACUGCAAGGUGGUGUACGUGGCCCGUAAUGCCAAGGACAAUGUAGUGUCUUAUUUCCACUUUGACCGCAUGACCAAGGUUGAACCAGAGCCAGGAGACUGGAACAACUUCUUACAGAGAUUCAUGGAUGGAAAGAUGGUGUAUGGACCCUGGUAUGACCAUGUGACCGGCUGGUGGGAGAAGAAACAGACUCACUCUAAAAUCCACUACAUGUUCUAUGAAGACAUGAUAGAGGAUAUGGGACGGGAGCUGGACGGACUGUGCUCCUUCCUGGGUUUGUCUCCUUCAGUGGAGGAGAAGGAGAGAGUGAUAGAAGGAUCUCACUUUGACAACAUGAAGAAUAAUAGUAUGACCAACCACUCCAGCCUCCCAAUCCUGGACUUCAAAAUCUCUAAUUUCAUGAGAAAAGGAAAUGUUGGAGACUGGAAGAACCAUUUCACUGUUACCCAGAGUGAAAAGUUUGAUGAACACUAUCAGAAGAAGAUGAACAACCCCAACCUACAGUUUCGUACAGUAGUUUAGAGGUUGUGGUUUGGGUGAUAGUGUCACGCCCUGAUGUUUUUCACCUGUUGUCUUGUCCCCAUCCCUCACCAGGUGUUCCAGGUUCCCUAUUGGCCCUACCCUGUUCUCUGUUCGGCAGUUGCCAGAUCGUCUUGUCUCGUACAGUCGUUUCCAGCAUUCUAUGUGUGCAUCCUCCAUUCUACCUGUCCUUCCUUUCCCCGGAUUACGACCCUUGCCUGUUUUUCGGAUUACGAGCCUGCCUGCCCUCCCCUGUACCUUCGACCAUCUGAUCUUCCAAU